UAUUCCGGUUCAAAGAAAUCUAAUCAUUAUUUCAUGUCACAGUCAUCUCUUGCAGCAGUGAGUGAACAGCAGAUUUCGAGCCGCUACUCGCCGUUUGAGAGAGAGACUCAUUUGGCUACCAAGGAAAAAUCAGAGCAUUUGCAUAGAGAAAGAAGAUCAAGGAGAAGCAGAUGUUGAGAGUUGCAGCGAGUAGGUUUUCUUCUUUCUGUUCUACGCAGCCGUCGUGGAGGCCCAACCUGGCUGCCUCAACAUUCGUGUCGCGAAAUCCGAUAAUCGGUGGUGAGUACUUUCACCUUCCUUGUAAAGGGGGCCAGUCGUUGUUGGGGGGUCUUGGCAACAACUUUUCUGGCUUGUUGGACUCAUCACAUCGGUUGACAUGCAGCAAUUUCAUGUCUCAGCAACAGAGGACUUUCAUCCAAAUGAGGACAGUUCUCAAAGUUGUGGACAAUUCAGGUGCAAAGAAGGUGAUGUGCAUACAAGCUUUGAAGGGGAAGAAAGGGGCAAGAUUGGGAGACACAAUAAUAGCUUCCGUAAAAGAAGCUAUGCCAAACGGAAAAGUGAAGAAAGGAAAGGUUGUGUAUGGUGUAGUAGUGCGUGCUGCCAUGCAGCGUGGUCGUUGUGAUGGCAGUGAGGUAAAGUUUGAUGACAACGCAGUUGUACUGGUGGAUAAGCAAGGUCAGCCAAUUGGGACUAGAGUGUUUGGGCCUGUCCCGCAUGAGCUAAGGAAGAAAAAGCAUGUCAAGAUCCUUACUCUGGCUGAGCAUAUUGCCUAAGGUAUUAAAUAUGUUAUAUGAAAAUUUUGAAAUUUUUGGUCUUUGCUGUGCUCGGGACUUUCCAUUGUAUCGUUGAGGGGGGAACUUUGAAGAGAAGAACCAAAAUGUUGUAGGCUUUGUUUAAUAGUUCUUUGACAUCAGUACAAAUGCUGCUGAUGGCUUUGUGCUUUGUGCUUUGUAGUAGCAUCUGCUUUUCUCUAGACCAAUAAAAAAAAUGCAGAAUCAUAGUAAUUAAGAUCA